CUCAGAUUCAUAGUCAUUCUCUGAUAUAUUCUGGUUGUUGCUUUCUUUUUACUCUCAAAUUAUUUCAAUGAUACCGCUGCUGAUUUGUAGACUAGGAAAGACUGCAUGUGCAUGUCCUUAUCUCAGUCUGCUGUCCCAUAGCGAAAAUCCACCCAUCAAAGGAAAUGAGAGCUUCCUGUUGUUGUUUUAGUGCUCCUUUAAAAUGGUUGAGAUAUGAAGUAUGUAUUUACCAGGGAACCAGAAGACAAAGAAGUGCCUGAAAAUGAGAGGAUCUUUAUCUUCCAUGGGUUUUGUGGGCAUUCUGUUUUGGGCAGCCUGUGUUUUGCUGGCAUGCAGAGGAACAGAAGUUCAGCAGACCCCAACUCCUGGAUAUAAUUUUACAACCAAUGCUUCACAUGUUCCGCAUGGUUUCAGCUAUGGAAUCAACGCCGAAAAGCAAGCUUGCGGGAACAAGUCUGAUAUCUGUGAAGAUCUGUGCAGUCUUUGUGAUUCAUCUUUUUACACGAGGACUGAAUGCUAUGAAACCUUGAUUAUGAUUGAUUGCCAUGAACCUUUCAAGAAGACUAUGUCCAACCUGAGCGCCACAGAUUUGUGUACAUGGGAUAACAUAAUGAGCCCUUACGAUAAUUUCACUGUAUGCACGGAGACAAAAGCUGAAUGCUUGUGGAUCCCUUAUCCCAACAAGCUGGUGGAGACCAUGUUCGUGGACAUCCACGCGAAGUAUUUCAAAUCCUGUCCAACACAAGAAUAUGGCGACCCCCCACCUAGUGUUGUCUUUGCUCUGGUAAUGACGCCUAUCUGCCUCAUCCCAGUUAUGGUGGUGCUGGUGGUGAUGAAGACCAAGAAUGGAGAUCGCCGGUCAUAAUGGCUAAAAGAAUCCUACUGCUGCUGACCCCCCUGUCUGGUUUACUCUUGGUUUACAUACAACCUGCCCCCUAAGCCACACCUUUACCCACCUUUGGCCCACCCAAAACACCCCCCAUAGCAGGGACAUCCUUUCAUGUGCUCUGAGAGAACCUCACAGACUGCAGCCCUGAACCGUGUGCUUUUCAGAAGUGUGUACACCUCUGUCUCCUGACCCUACAGGAAUGGGCACUGCCAGUGUGAGCUAAGCACUGAACUCCAGGUGCAUUGAACUAACAAAUUCAAACUUUUUUCUGUUAAUUACAUGCUAACCCUGAACAUAGCUAAUGUGAUCUGACAGCUUGAUGGUAUAGUGCUUGGCGCACAAUAAUAGGAAUGACAAUAGGCAGCUGGAUAUUUGCAGAUGGGAGCUGGUGAAAAUGGUGAAAAGUUUAAAAAUCAGAAGAAAAGGAAAACAUUCUCACUCCUGGCAAAAACUGUACACAGGGGGCAGAAUUUGCUUAUAGAAAUAACUAUAAGCAAACUAACUACACACUAUGGUAUACAGAAAGCCCUUUGGAUUAACUUAGUUUUUCCAGAUAGACCUUUGUUAGAGCAUCAAGCAUACACUCCAUAUAUACACCAAAUAUGCAGAUUAGGACAUAAAACUCAAAAAGAAUACAUUUGCCAUUGAUAACUGACCAUGUGCCUCAUAUUUGUGCACAGGUGUGCUGUAUAUCUUUCUAUCUACACAGUGCAUGUAUGCAUUGUAUACUGGAUGCUUUGAUAAAGAUCUAGUUAUAGAAAGCUCAGAUACUUAAGUUACACCACAUUGUGGGGACGUUUCACUCAUUUCUCAUGUUUAAGGACAUUUUGAUACAAACCCAAAGUACAAUUUUCUCAUGCUUAAUAAAGGGUACUGUGCAAUUGUUAGAAUUUAAAAUCAGCAGAAGUGUUCUGUUGGGUGGCAUAAUAGCAACAUUAUAUGAAUAUGAUAACUAUAAUGACUUUAUCCAGAAAUGUCAAGGUAGUGACUUAGGACUGGGUAACUAUAUAUUAUUUACAUGGAGAUUAUAUCAUUAUUUAAUUAUUCAUAGAUGAUUAGCUAGGGUGUGUAGUGUUUAUAGACUCUAAUAGACUCUCUAUAGUUAUAGACUAUAGAAAUACACCUGGCCGUAAUCAUUUUACAUGUUGUUACUGCAUUUGUUAUGCAGAUUGGGUGUUGCAAACAUCAUGGAAUAUUUGUUUAUAUAGUUGUGAGGUAAACAACACAGCUUGUUUAGCUGAACCCACCUCAGAACACCUUUGCUAAAUAUUCAGCUUUACAAGUGUAAGACAAGACAGUGUCCUUCAUUAAUGAGCACUGAUGGCAACUGCACUGAAGGAAAACUGCAUAACAGUUAUAGCCAUGGGUGUUUACUAUGGCCACUCACAUGGAAUGACCAAUGACAUAUUCCCAUUCCUAACCAUGGCAGGUCUCCAUGUGAUACCUAUAACAAGGGCGUCACAUGGAGCAACCACCCUCCUUUUGAAACAAUUUAACGUGUAGAAGCUCCAGGCCUUUUGAUAAGGCAAUACUGGGCAUGGGAUUUUUUUUAAUAGUAUGUCAUUUUUGGCAGUUGAGAGGGAAUGGCAAAGAAAGCAUUCUCUACAUAUGCUACCAAGUAUCAGCUGCAGUGAGAGCAUUUGUCUUGCUUACUCAAAACAUCCGAUAAAUGAGCAGCUCUCUGCAUUUUCAACCACAUCAAGUGUAGAGCCUUCACUUUCUUGUUGUGAGGUUAUUCUGAUUUCCCUGCACAUUAUGAUUUUAUUGGGCAGUUGCUUUUGGAAUUAAUUGCAGGAAAGAACAACCAUGAAAUGUAGUGUUAUUAGUGAAUUUUUUUUCUUUUUUUGAAUGGCAGCUUUUUUGUUUGAAUGUCUGUUACUUCAGGUGAGUGUUAGCCAGUUACCUGGAUUGAAUUUGACUGGAAGCUAAGUAAAUAGCUUCUUCUUUAAAUAAAAUGCCAAGGUUUUAGGGAGGACCUGCGUUGGUUUUGCAAAGAGGACAACUGGGGUGAGAUGUCAGGGACAGUAGCAGGAAUGGUAUAUGUCCAGAUUACUGUCCUGGCAUUGUAUAUAUUCUACCCACAUUCUCUGCCAAACAUAAUGGCAAUCCUCUUUUGUCAUAGUGCCAGUGGACGCGUGCCUGAAAGUUGAAUCGCCUCAGAUUAAAUCAUAACGUGGAAUCCGACUCUAGAGACGAUCUAAGAGACCAGCUGGGUAUGGAGAUCUUGUUGGUCCAGCAGAGCCUGAAUAUCACAAUGGAAAAAGCGUGAUGGCUAGCUCACUGUUUACUUAGAAAGUUUCUACAGAUACACAGUAGAUUGUACUCUGAUGACAUGUUUAAAUGGCAGUUAUCUUUAAGGUGCAAAGUAGCAAGAGGAAUGAGUAGAAGAGUGUAAUAAAUUAAGCAAUGUAUACUUCUUUUAUAAUACUGUUCCUAAUGUCAAUCUUUUAAAGACCUACAUGUCCAAUGCUUGGACUUAAAUAAUGGUGGUUAAUGUACCAUUUGUAAGAAACUCUAAGCUCGUUGUCUGUUGUUUGCUGUUUGACUGCAUUGUCAGCACAUGUAAACUCGUA